AUACAUCACACUCACUGCAGGUGUUUCUGAAUAUCUCCCUGCAUCACAAAACAAACAAACAAAAUAUCAAAGAAGUUAACAUAAGUUAGUUUUUAAGCACUUAAACCUUGAAAAUUAACUCAAUUUCCUCUCUCAUAGGGAUAUGGGAGACAAUAUGACAACUGUCACAGAGUUCAUUCUCCUGGGGUUUCCCCUUGGCCUGAGGGUUCAGAUGCUCCUAUUUGGGCUUUUCUCCCUGUUCUACGCCUUCACCCUGCUGGGAAACGGGGCCAUCCUGGGGCUCAUCUCACUGGACCCCAGACUGCACACCCCCAUGUACUUCUUCCUCUCCCACCUGGCCAUCGUCGACAUAGCCUACGCCUGCAACACGGUACCUCAGAUGCUGGUGAACCUCCUGAGUCCCACCUCACCCAUCUCUUUUGCUGGCUGCGUCACACAGACCUUCCUCUUUUUGACUUUCGCUCACACGGAAUGUUUUCUCCUGGUGGUGAUGUCCUAUGAUCGCUAUGUGGCCAUCUGCCACCCCCUCCGGUACUCUGCCAUCAUGAGCUGGAGGCCCUCCCUUACUCUGGCAGUGACUUCCUGGAUUUUAGGAGCACUCCUUGCCCUGGUGCAUCUAGUGUUGCUUCUGCCACUGCCCUUCUGUGGACCCCAGAGAGUUAAUCACUUUUUCUGUGAAAUCAUAGCUGUUCUCAAACUUGCCUGUGCAGACACCCACAUUAACAAGAUCACGGUCUUGGCUGGGGCAGCGUCUGUGCUGGUGGGACCCUUCUCCUCCGUUGUCAUAUCCUACAUUCAUAUUCUAUGUGCCAUCCUAAAGAUCCAGUCUGGGGAGGGGCGCCAGAAAGCCUUCUCCACCUGCUCUUCCCACCUCUGUGUGGUUGGACUCUUUUAUGGCACAGCCAUUAUCAUGUAUGUUGGACCCAGAUAUGGGAAUCCCAAGGAGCAGAAGAAAUACCUCCUCCUGUUCCACAGUCUUUUCAAUCCCAUGCUCAACCCCCUGAUCUACAGCCUGAGGAACAAAGAAGUGAAGAAUGCCUUGAAGAAGGUGCUAGGCAAAGAAAGAGCUUCAUGA